UACCCAUAUAUUCACAAUUAGUUACUUCAUAUCUACUUGAACAACCUCCACAAAUCGAAGAAAUCAAGAACUUGUAUCGAUGAUUAUGGAAUUCCAGCCUUUUACAUUUAACAAAGAUCAAAUUAAGAGUUACUAGUUUUCUUGCUAGCGCCAACUUCACAAAGCUCUCAACGCGUAAACAGCGGUAGCGGUACACGUUUAGACGCGAAAUUUACCUUAGGGCCACCAAAACUCCUCACGUUUUCAAUACAACCUUUAAUGGAUGAUUUUAUACCAAUCUCAACAGUCUUAAUUGAUCAAAUUCCGCAACGAUUCAAUACUUCAAGACUUUAGGACCCAGGUAUUGAAGCUGAGGAAAGCUCGUCAUGUCGUCUCCGGCAGGGGUACCAAUGGGAAAUCCUCAAUUACAAAAUCAACCACCUCAAGCUCCUCCGCCAGCAAAUAACAAUGAUUCCGGUGAAAAUGGGAUGGUGGUUAGACCAAUGAGACGUAGGUACAUUGCUAUAGAGCUUUAAAUUGAUCACAUUGCUUACAGUAGGAAUAUGAUAGUCAAGGUACUCUACACUUUCGAUGAUGAAUGCAAAACCAAUUGUUUAGCACGGUGGCCGCAAGUACUUCAAAUUCAAUCUAUCGCCAUGGACGAGAAGAAUUCAAUCGGUGUUAUCGAUCUUUACACAUGUUUACAAGCCAUUAUCGAAUGUAGCCCAGAACUGCUUCCUCGACCCGGACGAGAUUUUACCGUUUAUGCCUACGAUUUUUCUGAAGAUGAUAGUCCUCUGGUAGGACAAGGUAUGCUUUCUCGGGCUUUGACGAUGCCUCCUACGUCAAAUAACUUUAUACAUCAGUCACAAAAGAUUAUUACUGGGCGAGUAUGCAAGAAUAUAAUGGGUUUAUUUGCGAAUGGAGUGAAGGAAACUUUGGAAGUUAAGCUUCGUCUAGUCCCUCAAACAGUAUCACCAAUCGAGUAUAGAAACACCAUGGGAAAUCCGAAGCAAAACAUUUCAACACCGAGAUAUGAUCAGCAAGAAUGGAAUUCUUUAUCAAAAUCGCAGGAAAACGCCCCACCUCAGAUGUUGAAUAGGACACCAACCCCGGCUGCCAUGUCGAAUAACAAGGGAACUAGCAUGGAAGUGGUCAAUCAGCUUCUCAGUCCCAGUCUUCCGCCGGUAAAUUCUUAUAAUCAAACUUUACCCCCGGCGCCUGCAACCGUACGUGAGGAACCAGUACCGAUUGCUGCCAGAGACCAUAAGAUAGUUAGACCCCCUUCGAGGACAACUGUCAAGAGAGGAAGACGUGGUCGUCCUCCGAAGAACCCACGCCCUGAAGUCGGAGGCAACACCUCUGGAUAUGAAGAAGGGACGGAGGGAGAGGAUGGCCCAGCUCCGAAGAGAAGGGCGAAGAUCACUCAGGCGGACUGGAGUAAUAGGUCGGCAUUUGGCUCAGGGUCUGACUCACUUCGAGUCACAGCAAGUACUGCAGGAUCUAUACGUGCUUUCAGACCGCUAGCUCCAUCUGGAGGCUUAGCCGCAGGUAAUCAUUUACAGGAAGUUCCUCGAUCCCCCACCCCAGUACCAAUCCUACCACAACCAGUCAGUCAGCACAGACCACAGUCACAAAGUGGGCUUCGACAGGGGUCGAAUCCUCAAUUGGAGAUGCCUCAAGCACACUCACCAGCCUAUUCACAAUUAGAGCCUUCACUCCCUCCAGAAGAUCGUCUCAGACUCUCAAUUGAAUCAGCCCAUCCCUCACCGGAGCAUAUCGCUAGUCCAGGAUUUACACCUCAAGACAUCGCGUCAUCUCCACCAGUCUUACGAAAUGCAACACCAUCAAUACGAUCAAGUCCCCCUUGUCUUUCGAGUCCUUCACUGCCACCUAUGCCUAGAUUAGACUCCGGCUUCAUGAGCGGUAACUUAGAUGAUCUAGACGACCUUUUCGGAGAAGAUGAUGAAAUCUCGCGCCCAAUUGAUGGAGAGGAUAUUAUGAUUGCAAAAAAGAGCACCAAACGCCGAGGACCUCGCAAAACGCAGCCUACAAAUUCGAAUCUUAAUGGUGGAUUCCAUAUCCAAGAAGAAACACCAGGCCCCAUGGAACUGCUCCCUAAACGGAUGCUUCUCAGUGAACAGGCUAAACCAAAACCUCCCAAGGCAGUACAACCAAAAUCUAGGCGGAAUAGUGUUAUGUCCGAAGAUGGACAGUCAUUACCCCCUUUAAAGCUAGAUGCCCGCCCCAAUUCUCGGCCGCCUUCUCAAGCCCAAACUGCUCCUAGUGUAGAUCCAUCACAGCCGAACUUACAUCUACCCACUCCACCAACCAGUGAGUUCACGAACCAACCAAUAUCCCAAAUGCAUGUCCCUGCAGGACCUCCACCACCACAGCCUCGUCCAGCAUCCGGAAACUUUUCUCGGACCGCUUCCACUGGAUCUAUGGCUCUUCCGGCUAUUCCUGCGAAUGAACCGAUUCUUCCGCCUACGUUUCAGCGAUCUCAAACCUGGUCUGAGAAUCCACAUUAUAUGACUGAAACUCCCAAUGCACCCAGCCAAACAGAAGCUAAGAAGGCGUCUAUUAAGCAGAAGUUGGAGAAUGCCCUCAGGAAUGGACAAAUGCCUCAAUAUUGUGAGAAUUGUGGCGCUAUAGAAACUCCAACUUGGCGCCGAGCAUGGUCACAAGAAUGUCAAGGUGCUCCAGGCUACCAUGAAUACUCUGAAGAGGCUGGAAGAGUAACAGCCAUUAACAUUCUUUCAAGAGAUGAUACCGGCCUCCCCACUUCGUAUCUCCUUAUUAAAAAAGCCCUUGCUGCUGGUGAAGAUCAAAAACAGUACAAGGCAUUCAUUCUUUGCAAUCGUAAGUUAUACAUAGCGUUUGAGGUACUCAGUCACUAAUUAUCAUAGCCUGUGGUAUUUGGAUGUCGAAAUACAAGUCUCAACGUCCAGAAGCAAAGUGGGGCAAAGACCCUGAUACAAAGAAAAAGCGACCUUCCAAACCUAAGGUUACUGCUACUAUACCCACAUCUGAAGCAAAUUUCCCACAAUUAGAGAUCAAUUUACCCCCAUCGGAUGCCUUCUAUCAACAGCCUGCGGUUCCUUCUGGUACUGACCGUAUGUCCCCCAUUGACCUCGACGGGUUGAACUCUGCCAAUCAGAUACCUAAUAGUCAUGAUCGUCCAAACGGAAUGCGUCGAGCAAACAGUCUCCGUCCUACUAAAAAGAUGAACGCAAUGACCUCAGAUUCAGCUUCCGCGGCACUAAGGAGAGCUUUACAAUCUAGUCCAGCUAGGUGGACACAUAACAGUCAUAUUGAAGUAGGAGAUGAGCCAGAAGAGGACACCGCACGGCGACUUUUGUUUCCUUCACCACGUAAAGAUUCAUCCCCUAAAGUCCUAGGCGAAGUUACUGCGAAUGUCGUUCAAAUUGACAUUCACAACGCCAAAGAUGCAGUCACUGGACCGAUGAACAAGGAGAAUUGUUCGGCUCCAUUUGAUCUAGAAGAGGAAGCUGAACUUAUGAGAUUAAUUGAGGAGCAAUUUGCUCGUUCCACCACGCCAAUUCAAAAAACCCCAGUCGCAAAUCCAUUCAAAACUCCGACUCGAGUAACUCCAAGCCAUAGGCCCAUCACCAGGAGUGUAACAAGAUCUAGUCGCUCGGUAAAAUCGGCAAGCCAUCUUUUGGCACCUCCUAAAACACCAAGCAAAACCCCUGGAUCUAGUCGUCGGACUCCUCGUGGCAAUGCUAUCUUCGAGUCACCUUUUACUGCCCAAUUGAACCAGCUCAUGUCUGAUAACCCCAUCCAAUCCCCCUCUCAACACCUCGAUUUUAAUAAUUUACCUGAUCUUCCUAGCUUCGAAAAUGGAUCUUACAAUCUUCAACAAUACGAUGAAGAUUUCUUUUCAACAGAUGUACCAAUGCCUUCUUCGCCACCACGAAUAUUUCCUGGGUUUAAUCAUACUUCGGCGGGAGGACCUCUUGAUUGGGAUAAUUUUGGUUUCGAUUCCGUUUCUACUACACCAAAUGCAAAAGAAAAGCAAAAGGAGAAAGAUGUGGAGAUCAAGCAGGAACCGACGGAGGAAACAACAGCAGAUGAGACGGCCUAAUUUGUUUACGACGUCUUUCACUUACGAACAAAUAACACGAACUUGAAUUUGUAUUCUCUUAUGAUUGAUGGGUUGCAUUAUUGUGGUGUUUGGAUUUUUUUUCUCUCGGGUAGCGUUGGCAUACAAAGGUAUGGAAAAGAACGGGGUUUCCCAACUUUCCUAGUAGCACGGCGUUUCUUUUUUGGUUUUUCGUGCUAUUCUAGGAUGAAUGUAUCCGGGUUUGCGGAGUAUAGGGAUCUUGGGAUUUAAGAUUUAAGAUUUAAGAUUUAAGAUUUGAGAUUUGAGAUUUGAAAUCUUAAAGAAUUGGUUGGCGGAAAUUACUACAUUGCGAUUGUAGGUAUAUAUAGGUAGAUAGUUAUUAGUAGCGUUAUGAUAUCAGCAAGGUUUUACGAAUUUUCUUGGGUAGCUAGUUAGUUAUUGUUGGAGUAUUGGAGGAGCGUUAGGUAGGUUACUAGGUAGAUAAAAACAAUGGAUUGGUUAUGUUA